CAGCCACUCUUGUCUUGUUCUCAUCUGGUUUUCAAUGUUACUAUUUCCAAAUUUCUACCUUGAUCAUCACUUCUUCUAGUAGUCUUGGUUGUCUCAAAACAGAGCCGGUUGACUUUCAUGACCAACAAACUAAUUGAAGGCAAGUGUGAGGUCAAAAGAUAGAAGUAAAAUGGCAAUGUCACUGGAGGACCUUCUGGCUGAGGAAGGCUUUAAGAGGAGAAAGGACAAAAUGAAGGGCAGAGCUUCCUUUGCUUCCGAGCGAGGAAGUGGUCCUCGCUACAUGGAACAGGAAAGGCGUGCAUCCGGUCCUCUGCUGGCUGUGAGAAGAACUGAGAGGACGAGAUCUGAUGUACCUCGUACCGAUUCCAACGCUGAAUUUUCAACAAGUGGCAGCUUCUCAGUGAGGAAGCCAAGGGACAAUCUUAUCAGGAAAGGGAAAAUGGGCAGUGAACCUGAUAAAGCUAUUGUUGUGAAUGAUGGAAGAAGAAGCCAUGGAGAUUUACUGGAUGCAAAGAGGUUUAGCAUUGCUUCUUCCUCAGAGAUAACUGAGGUGAUUCAAAGUGAUGAGGUGGUUGAGGAGGGAAUGGAGAGGCUUCAUAAAGAUAUGCACUCGAAUAAAGUUCAUGGCCGCGUCAAACAUGAAGGGAAUCAUUCAGCUCCUUUGGAUGAUAUAGUGAUGGAGAAUCAGAAAGAUAGGAACAACUCCUUUAAACAUACUUAUCCUCAUGCUGAAGGAAGAUCAAACAAAGUUGUUGAAAGUGGAAGCAAAUUCGAUGAAAGUAGAAGCAUGAGACAGAACAAGAUUGAUGAGGCUCAAGCUGCGCCUGCUCUUGAUGAAGCUGCUGUUAAAGCAAUCAUUUCAAUCAUCAGUGGGCACGCGAAGCGGUUUCUUGAGGAUGAGGAUUUCAGGACAUCCCUUCGUCAUAAUACUUUUGCUUCCCUAAACUUGAUUGGAGCCGAUGAAAGCCUGAGCACUGAGAGCAAAGUCGUAGGAAAUCUCGAAGAGGCUAUCGAGACCAUUGAAAGAAGUGCAGAGGAGGAGAGUGCAAACUUGAAGGUAUUGAAAAGGGCUUCACUGCAGCUUAGUGUAAUCACGGGACUAAAUUCGAGUGAUCUGAAGGAUGGAUUCACGUAUGGAGUUCCGAAUCUAAGGUUCUCGGCUUGUGCUCAUCUUUAUCUCAGUGUAAUAUAUGUGCUGCAGAAGAAGGACAAGGUUGCAGCAAAACAUCUUCUUCAAGUAUUCUGCGACUCGCCAUUCCAGGCGCGAACAAUGCUGCUGCCUGAUUUGUGGGGGCAUCUAUUUCUUCCUCAUCUCUUACAUUUGAAGGUCUGGUACGAGAAGGAAACUCACACGGUGGUAGACUCCCCGAGUUUUAUGAAUCUGAAGCUGCUUGACAAAGCUUAUAACGAAAGUCUGGAUUCAGGAACGUGUCGAUUUGCAAUGUACUAUAAAGAUUGGAUUAUAAAUGGGGAGAAAGAACCUUCCGUCCCUGUCGUUGGAAUUCCUUCUUUCUCUGUUCACUCGAUGCUAAGGGGAGGCUUGCUAGGCCAUACAAGUAGUCCUGCUAGUCACGUCUCGCCUCAGCCAAUGGUCAGUAAAGAACUGUAUGAUGAAGUGUUUAAGCAUGCAGAUAAGCCGGGAGUUGAAUCAGAUUUCGACGAAGAAGAAAAGUUUGACAGAAGCUCCAAUGGUCCUGCUCCACAAGACAGACAACUAAUCUUGUGCACUCAUGACUCAAUUGUACAAGCAGAUAAAGGAGUCGACCCUGUUCGGGAAUCUCCCCCCGAAAAUGAACGAGUGAUCAUGCAGAUAAAAGAACCGGAGCUUUCAAUACAAGAAUUGCAGGAAAACUAUGAGUCCUGCAUCGGAAAACAUGUUCGGUGUAGCAUCCCUAAGGAUUUCGUAUGCCCCUUGACAGGGCUUCUUUUCAGAAAUCCAGUGACUCUCGAGACUGGUGAAACUUUCGAGCAAGAAGUUAUAGCAGACUGGUUUAGUACUCAAGGGUGCUUCAUGUGUCCAGUUACCAGAAAAACUUUGCAAUAUCAGGCUGUGCCACCUACGAAUUUCAUUCUGAAGCGUAUUAUCGAUAAAUGGAAGACAGAUUAUAUCGAACAUAUCUUGGCUCUACUCUCACAAGUAACAUCAGGUGAUGGUGGAGGUGUAGAAGUAAAUGAUACUAACAUGAUUAUUUCCAUCUUAGGGAAACUUCUCCCGGUUUUCAGCGAGGAGCAGAGGACAGUACAUGCUAGACGAGUUUUAUCGUUGGGUGGCCUGCGGUUGCUCUUAACAAGAUUUCAGUCUUCCAGUGCUGAGGAGAAGACAUUUAUCUCAGAACUCCUGUGCUGUUGCGUUGAAGCUGAUGCGAACUGUAGGAAUAGGAUUGCUCGAGACAUAAAUCAGUCGAACUUGCUAGAAAUGCUUCACAGUGAACAGCUGGUAUCUAGAAAAAAUGCAGUGUUGCUUCUGGCUGAACUAGUUUGUUUUAACAGAAGGACCAGAGCCAAACGCUUUUUGGAACGCCUCGGUGAUGAGGAGUUACGAAAUGCAAUAGGCCAUUUAAACAUGUAUCUUCAGGCUUGCCCUCUGGAAGAGACACCGUUAGUCGCUGUUCUGAUUCUGCAUAUUGAUCUUCUGUCAGGAAGAUGUGCCAGCAACACGUAUAGACAGAAUGCGGUUGAUGCCCUCACCACGGCCCUUGUAAGCAGCUUAACCGACAAUGAAAAAGUCCAAAACAAGUGUUGCAGAGCUCUCCUUAUCCUCGGAGGCUUCUUCUCCUCAUCUGGGAAACUUAUGACCGAGGAUUGGAUUCUAAAACUAGCCGGUUUUCCCAAUGGUCCAGAUUUGGAUGAUGCUGACGAUUGUACAACAGUUACAACGCCAAAGUUUUUGAAGGCUUUUGCGUCCGAAUAUGAGGAAGAAGAAGCUGCGAGGGAGAGAUGGCUAACGAGUUUGUCAGCUUCACUGCUCGGGGAUGGGAAGAAGUCAUUCUUGGAUGCUAUUUCCAAGUGCCUGAGGUUAGGGAAGCCAGACUUGGUGCGGGUGUGUCUGACAACAGUGGCUUGGUUGAGCUUCUCACUCGCCUCAUUGCACGACACGAGACAUCAACUUUACGCCUUCUCUGCUCUAAUAUCGCCACUCAGGCAGUACCUCGAGCAUGGGGUGCUAGUGGAGCAAAGGGCUCUCGCUGCGCUUUCUCUGCUCAACUUCAGUACAAUUCCAGAAUGCCGGAUAUUGCUGAUUAAGAUUGGCGAUGAGAUCGGUCCUUCGUUAGACGAGCUAGCAGAGGUAACAUGGACAGCUAUGGAGCUGAAUACAAUCAUAUCUGGCCAAAGGAGGUAGAAGCUAUCCCUGGAAAGAAACACCAUUGUCUUUCUUUCAUGUGAAUUUUCAGUAGUUGUCCUUUUCUUUUAGCAUCUUCAGUUGCAGAUUAAGAUUCAUGUUGACUUGCAAUUGAAAAUUCAGCCUUCUUACAUCAUGAUUAUUUAAAAUAUCUUGAAUCUAAGAAACUUUCAAUGAUCA